AUGAUGUGUUCGAUUCUUAAUCUGUUGAUCUUCUCAUUGGUUUUGGCUAUUGUUGUUGAGGCAAUUCCAAUGAUUCAAUCACCGCCGUUUGAUACAAAUGAGCAAUUUAUUCAAAAACGUCUCUCAAAUGAUGCUCUUAUUCGACUUAUGAUGAGGUGAGUUAUCUCAAAUUAUAUAGUUUAUUCUGCCAAGUUGAUCUGAGGGUUUUUGUGAUCGAGUGUCGGAAUCUCUCAUUUUACACGCUGUUAUGUAGUUUGAACCGGAAAUAGCUUUCAAAAAAUGCGGAAUUCAGCGAAUAUACAUACAGAAAUGAAUUAAUAUUUCUAUAAUUUUAAAAACAAAUUUGCAGAAACCGUGGAAACCAAGUUGGAUACGCUGAUGGUUCAAAACGUGGAAUGAAACGAGCUGAUGUUGAUAGACGUAGCAUUGAUGAAGAGUUCUCAAAUUGUUUCCUAUCGCCUGUUCAAUGUAUGUUGCCAAAUAAUCGAAAAUAA